AUGCGGCGGAAGCAGAAGCGGCUGCUGCAGGCGGUGGGGUUGGCGCUGGCCGCCCUCGUCUUCUUGCCCAACGUGGGGCUCUGGUCCCUCUACCGCGAGCGGCAGCUGGAGGGCGGCGGGGCGGCCGGCGGGGAGGGGGCCGCCGCCGCGAGGCCGCCGGGGGCAGCGGCCGGCGAAGCAUCAUAUGUGAGGCAAAAGAAAGACCCUUACUUUGGUGAUGGACAAAGGAAAAAGGACUGGCAUAACAAAGAAGCUAUAAGGAGAGACUCUGAACGUGUAGGAAAUGGAGAACAGGGAAAACCUUACCCAAUGACUGAUGCAGAGCGAGUGGACCAGGCAUACAGGGAAAAUGGCUUUAAUAUCUUUGUGAGUGAUAAAAUUUCUCUGAAUCGUUCCCUUCCAGACAUCAGACAUCCAAACUGCAAGAAUAAGCUGUACCUGGAGAAGCUUCCGAACACUAGCGUGAUAAUACCGUUCCACAACGAAGGAUGGUCCUCUCUCCUCCGGACAGUGCACAGUGUCCUAAACCGCUCCCCUCCUGAGUUGAUAGCAGAGAUAGUGCUGGUGGAUGACUUCAGUGACAGAGAACACCUGAAGAAACGCCUAGAAGAUUAUAUGGCCCAGUUCCCAAAUGUAAGAAUCCUCCGAACCAAAAAGAGAGAAGGGCUCAUAAGAACUCGAAUGCUGGGGGCCUCUGCGGCGAUAGGGGAUGUCAUCACCUUCUUGGAUUCCCAUUGCGAAGCCAACGUGAACUGGCUGCCACCUCUGUUAGAUCGCAUUGCCCGAAACCGCAAGACUAUCGUUUGCCCUAUGAUUGAUGUUAUUGAUCAUGACCACUUUGGAUAUGAGACUCAGGCUGGAGACGCAAUGCGAGGUGCAUUUGACUGGGAGAUGUAUUACAAGAGGAUCCCUAUUCCUCCUGAGUUACAGAAACUUGAUCCCAGUGAUCCCUUUGAGUCUCCUGUAAUGGCUGGAGGACUCUUUGCAGUCGAUAGAAAGUGGUUCUGGGAGCUGGGAGGGUAUGAUGCAGGUCUGGAGAUAUGGGGAGGAGAGCAGUAUGAAAUAUCCUUUAAGGUAUGGAUGUGUGGGGGUCGCAUGGAGGACAUCCCUUGCUCUAGAGUUGGUCAUAUCUACAGAAAAUAUGUUCCAUACAAGGUUCCAACAGGAGUCAGCCUGGCAAGAAACUUGAAGCGGGUGGCUGAGGUGUGGAUGGACGAAUAUGCAGAGUACAUAUACCAGCGUAGACCAGAGUACCGGCAUCUUUCUGCAGGGGAUGUCGCAGCUCAGAAGGAACUUCGCAACAACCUCAACUGCAAAAGCUUCAAGUGGUUCAUGAACGAGGUCGCAUGGGACUUGCCAAAGUUUUACCCACCAGUGGAGCCUCCAGCAGCUGCUUGGGGAGAGAUACGCAAUGUAGGAACUGGACUGUGUGUGGAUACUAAGCAUGGAGCCCUGGGAUCCCCACUGAGGCUGGAAAACUGUGUGAAGGACAGAGGAGAGGCAGCAUGGAACAAUGUGCAGGUAUUCACGUUCAGCUGGAGAGAAGACAUCCGUCCCGGGGAUCCUCAGCAUACCAAGAAGUUUUGUUUUGAUGCCAUUUCCCACAGCAGCCCUGUAACCCUCUAUGACUGUCAUGGAAUGAAGGGGAACCAGCUCUGGAGAUACAGAAAAGACAAGACCGUCUACCAUCCAGUAAGCAGCAGCUGUAUGGACUGCAGUGAGAGUGACCGAAAGAUCUUUAUGAAUAGCUGCAAUCCUUCAUCUCCAACACAGCAGUGGAUAUUUGAACACACAAACUCAACUGUCUUGGAAAAAUUUAACAGAAAUCUUGAUCUUUGAAAGACUGAGA